AUGGCAAGCAGGAGGAAGUCAACAACACCUUGCAUGGUCCUGCCAUCUUCUAACGUGAUGGAGGAGCAGGAUGCAGACAUGCAGGUGGUGGAGGGGAAGGAUGGAGCUGAGAGCGCAGCAGAGAGACCUACAGAUGCUGCUGUGGUCUCCACUGACCCAGAGACAGGUGGGGAUAAGGUUUUAUUCAUGCACAUCUUCAACAUGUUGCUCACAUCUGUUUCUUGAAAUGUUAUCACCUGGCUCGAUCUUGACUGGCUGCAUCACCGCUUGUUAUGGCAACUGCUUUGCAUCCGACUGCAAGGCGCUACAGAGGGUAGUGCGUACGGCCCGGUAUAUCACUGGGGACGAGCUCCAUGCCAUCCAGGACCUCUAUACCAGGCGGUGUCAGAGGAAAGCCCUAGAAAUUGUCAAAGACUCCAGCCACACAAGUCAUAGACUGUUCUCUCUGCUACCGCAUGGCAAGCAGUGCCGAUGCACCAAGUCUGGAACCAACAGGACCCUGAAUAGCUUCUACCCCCAAGCCAUAAAACUGUUAAAUAGUUAGUCCGGGUAGCUAUUGGUUAACUAUCUGCAUUUAUCAUUUUUAUCCUGUUGCCUAGUUACUUUGUCCCUACCUAUAUGUACAUAUCUACCUCAAUUACCUGUUACCCCUGCACAUCGACUCGGUGCUGGUACCCCUUAUAUAUACCCAAAUGAUCAUUACUCAUUGUGGAUUUAUACCUCGUGUUAUGAUUUUUCUAUUUUUCUCUCUGUAUUGUUGGGAAGGACCUGUCAGUAAGCAUUUCACUGUUAGUCUACGCCUGUUGUUUACCAAGCAUGAGACAAAUAAAAUGUGAUUUGAUUUUGUUCAGUAGGCACCAAACAGGAGAAAAGCUUUUGAAACCGAGUGAAAUGGGGAGGUACUGUCCAAUAUGAAAUGCUAAUAUUGACUUACUGUUUCAAAACGUUUUGCUAUGGUGUGCUCUACUCCUGAACAUAACCCUUGUUCUCUGAUGUAGUUAAACUAACAUAGCUGGGCAAUUUACUUUUCAGAGCACGACAUCAGUCAGUCCAGUGGAGAGGACGGUGUCACCCACACAGGGGUGAAACGCAGCAACCAACCAACCUUGGAGCAGACGGUCAGUGACCUUCUCUCGGAUGGGGGUUACACACAUCACGAGACGGAAGACAGCGACGACACCGCCUCAGCUGGCAUCUCACUCAGCAAAACCCCCAUCAUGAAAAUGAGGGGUAAAUCCGAACCGAAGAGGAUGGCCAUGUCUCUGAAAGCAGCAGAGGAGAGCGACAGGAUGGAAGAGGCUGAAGAGGAGCCUCUGGGGCUGGGUUCCCUCACUCCUGUAGAGAUGAUGAGCCCACAUUACACUGAGUCCAUGAAACACAGUGUUCUCCUGAACAUUCCCAAUAAGAUGUCGACAUCAUCAGAGCAGAAGAAAUCUUCUGUCCUCAGCUCCAAUCUGUCUGGACUUCAGCUCCCCCCUGGUUUAGCCCAGGUCCUCUCAGCUCUGCAGGCCCAGCAGGUGAUCAUAUUUUCUAAUUCUUUGAAAUUGUAAAUUGUAUAAAACAAAUCAGCUUUCACUGCUGUUGAUAUUAUGUAAUGUUCCUGAUAAAUAAGUGAAUAAUAACUCUGUGUUCUCUCUCUCUCUCUGUCGCUCUCUCUCGCGCUCUCUUUCUCUCUCGCUCUCUCUCUGUCUCUCUCUCUCUGUUGCUCUCUCUCGCACUCUCUCUCUCUGUCUCUCUCUCUCUCUCUGCCUCUCUCUCUCUCUCUCUCUCUCUCUCUCUCUCUCUCUCUCCUCUGCCUCUCUCUCUGCCUCUCGCUCUCUUUCUUUCUCUCUCUCUCUCUACGUCUGUCUCUCUCUCUCUCUCUCUCUCUCUCUCUCUCUCUCUCUCUCUCCUCUCUCUCUCUCUCUCUCUCUCUCUCUCUCUCCCUCUCUUCCCCCUGCAGAGCGUCCAACCCCAGCUCCUCAUCCCCGUCAGCAGUAUCCCCUCCUACAACCAAUCCAUGGAUACCAACACAGUCCUGGUCAACACCUACAAGAAGUUCCCCUACCCAUCAGUAUCAGAGAUCAUGGGUCUGUCGGCUCAGACCAAAUUCAGUGAGGAACAGAUAAAGAUCUGGUUCUCUGCCCAGCGUCUGAAGCACGGGGUCAGCUGGACUCCUGAGGAGGUGCUUUUCCUGUUAGAUUCAUAUUUCUCUUAUACCACAGUUACAUUUUUUGGGACACAGUGUUUUUAUUGUGCCUUUUUAAACUUAUUUUCACUCAUUGAAUAUAUAUGUUUUAGCGCGUACGCAUUUCAUUGUACCAUUUACACUACGUGUAUCCUGUGCAUAUGACAAAUAAACUUUGAUUUGAUUUGAGGUGGAGGAGGCUAGGAGAAAGCAGUUCAACGGGACAGUGCACACGGUGCCUCAGACCAUCACUGUUAUCCCGGCCCACCAGCUCUCUGCUGCGGCCAACGGCCUGCAGUCUGUCCUCCAGACCUGCCAGAUAGUAGGCCAGCCGGGCCUGGUUUUCACACAGGUUGGUACUUAUUGAUGAUGAUAUGUAUUAUGACAUGGAUGAUAUAAUGUAAUAUUACUGUUUACAGUUUCUCAACUCUGUAAUAUGUCUUGUCAGUUGUAAUAUUGUGGAUUGACACAAACUUUUCUAAACUCUGAACAGGUUGGCACGCCUGUGACCACACCCAUCACCUUGACAGUAGCAGGGAUGCCAAGCCACAGCCAGGUCCCCAAGAUGUCCUCCCACCAGAGCAGCCCAGCGGUCAGUGAGAUGAAGAGAGCCACCACUGUCCAGCCUCCCUCCCUGACCCCACAGGAGAACUCAGCCCUCAGCGCCGACCACUUUGGCAUGCGGCCCAAGAAGUCCAAGGAGCAGCUGGCAGAGCUGAAAGCCAGCUACCUGAAGAACCACUUCGCCAGCGACGCGGAGAUCGCCAGGCUCAUGAAUCUGACCGGCCUCACAAAAGGGGAGAUCAAGAAGUGGUUCAGCGACACGCGCUACAACCAGCGCAACUCCAAGAACAGCAACGUCAUCGUGUUCCAUGACAGCCACAGCCCCAGGGGUCACAGCAGCGGCACCACCAUCGUCAUCGACUCCAGCGACGAGACCCCUCAGUCUCCACCGCCCACACCAUCCGUCAAAGAGAAAGAGACGCGCCCCAAGACCUGGAAUUCCUUCCCAGACUUCACAUUGCAGAAGUUUAAGGAGAAGACACCAGAGCAGCUGGUGGUUCUAGAGGAGAGUUACCAGAAGGGAAGCACUCCAUCUGACGACGAGUUGACCCGGCUGAGGACGGAGACCAAGCUGACCCGGAGAGAGAUCGACGCCUGGUUCACAGAGAAGAGGAAGGUAGUGGAGGCAGAGUCACCUGAUCUGAAAGCAGAGCGGAUGGAGAGCGAGGCCACCUCGUCUAGAAAAGGAUCCCAGACCCCUCCGGGUGGCCGGCGGCCAAACAGGGGGGACAAGAACAUCGGAAAGAAAACCCCAGAGCAGCUCCACGUCCUGAAGAGUGCCUUUGUCCGUACCCAGUGGCCCUCCACAGAGGAGUAUGACAAGCUGGCAGAGGAGAGCGGGCUGCCCAGGGUCUACAUAGUCAACUGGUUCGGAGACACCCGGUACUCCUUCAAGAACGGCAAACCUCAAGUGGUUCUUCCACUACCAGAGCGGCAACGUAGAGGGACUGAACGGCAACAAGAACAGGAAGAGGAGGAUACGUAACCGGGGCUGGGGGAGGUCUCGGAGCAGGAAGGCCAAGAGGUCAACCAGCACGGAGAAGUCGCCACCACCGCCGCCCAUCGUCAAGUUCAAGUCUGGGAAAGACGUUCUGAAGGAGUAUUACUUGAAGCACAAGGUGCUGAAUGAGCAGGAUCUGGACGAGCUUGUGGCCAAGUCUAGUAUGGGAUACGAGCAGGUGAGAGAGUGGUUCGCUGAGAUACACAAGAGGGAAGAUAUGGGUGCUGAUCCGUUCGGGGACGCUGAGGUAAACGAGGAAAAGUUGCCGGGUGAGAAUGAGAUGGCGCCUGAAGUGCAGGAUGACACUGUGGUAGAGGAAGAGGAGGAAGAGGAGGAGGAGGAGGAGGAGGAGGAGGAUGACGACACUGAUGAA